AACGAGAAGAAACACAAAAAGAAUUAUAAAUCCGCACCUCAUCGGCCUUUUCACACUCCCUUUAAAAUCUCUGUUACUAAUUAAUCUUUUCUUGUUUUUUAGUACUUCAAGUUUUAUUUCUCUCUGAUGAUUUCACUUUCUGUUCUUUCAAAAACCCUAGUCGUAUUGUUUCUUGAGGUUUCUGCUUUUGUGGGUUUUAGGGUUUUUGGUUUGUUGACUUGAUUUGUCAUGGAUUCUGAUCAAGCAAAAUUGUUCGUGGGAGGAAUUUCUUGGGAAACCAGUGAUGAAACUUUGAAAGAUCACUUCGGGAAGUACGGGGAUGUUGUGGAGUCUGUGAUAAUGAGAGACAAGAAUACAGGGAGUGCAAGAGGAUUUGGGUUUGUUCUAUUCUCAGAUCCAUCAGUAGCUGAUAAAGCGCUUCAAGACAAGCAUGUCAUACUAGGAAGAACGGUAGAGGUGAAAAAAGCGGUACCCAGAGGUGAUCAACACCAACACCAUCAUCCUCACCAACAACAGAAUAAAGGUUCAAUUAAGAACAGUAGUAAUGGUGGGAGUGACAAUCAGUUUAGAACUAAGAAGAUUUUUGUAGGGGGUUUAUCUUCUAGCCUAACAGAGGAGGAGUUUAAGAGCUACUUUGAGAAGUUUGGUAGGGUUACAGAUGUUGUCGUUAUGUAUGACAGUGUAACCCACAGACCUAGAGGCUUUGGGUUCAUAACCUUCGACUCCGAAGAAGCCGUGGAGAGUGUAAUGCAGAAGAAUUUCCAUGAGUUGAACGAUAAAUUCGUGGAGGUUAAGAGGGCUGUCCCCAAAGAUGGGAAUAGCAGUGGUAACAGCAACGGUAAUAAUACGAGAGCAGGUGGUGGAAGAGGGUCUCUAUUUGGUAGUUACCGAGGUGUAGUUCACCCACCUUCCAGCCCCAGGUAUUGGAUGUUCCCUGGUUAUACCCCUCCACCUCUUCCUGGGUAUGGGAGUAUUGGGGGCUACCCUUAUGGAGGAGGGUACCCUAUGGGAGGAUAUGGCGAAAUUGGUUAUGGGACACCUCCAAUUGCCGUCCCUAGGGGUCCUUGGUAUAGCCCAGCCAUGGUUGGUGCUAGGCGGAGUCCGGUUCUGUAUGGGGAUGCCGCAAUCUAUCCUGGCUACAUGAAUGGUGGAGUUGGUGGGAGCUUGGGGAUGGCAGCUGGUGAUAAUCGUGGGAUUAUUAGGCCUGCUGCAAAUGGGAAGUGGAAUCAGGGAAAUGGCAGUAAUGCACAGGUACCUGCCAGCACAACACCACCAAAAAAUGAUGGUGAAAAAUUGGAAUAGGAUCCCUCAGGUUUCAGUGGAAGCAAUAGUGCUGGUGCAGUCAAGCAGAGCCGGAGGGGACCUGAUGGACGAUAUAGUUCUUGUCCUAUCACUAAUUCUAGUUGAAUUCUUUGUAUGUCAUUAACAAUCAUUUGAGGUCAGUAAAAUUUUAUACAAGUUGACUGGAGCUUCUCACUUUCAAUCCUUGGAUGCUUGCUUCUUCUUUUUUUAAAGUUAUUCUCGAUGUGUGUCAUUCAUUUCAUCAUGCAAUUUCCUCAUGUAAUAUAUAUGUCAGUGGACUCCAAAUUAUUGCCAUGUAGUCACUUUUCGAUAAGCUUUGGAGGCAAUGAGAAAUUUGGUCAGCUAGCUGAACUGUUUACA